AUGUUACCGACAUUUCAAUUGCUCGCCGGCGUCGUUAAACAGCUUUGCACCUCUCAAUUGCAACAGUACCACCAAUGCAACACCAAAUCGAAUAACAAAUUCUUGAAGUUCAAACGCUCUGCAUUGUCAUCAGCGGCCGCUCUCCUUUGCCCAACACUCUAUGCAGCUAGCGCACCACCGGCUCUACUAUUUAAUAGCAAAAAUAGAAAAAAAAACCAAAACCAACAUUUCGCUUUCUAUUUUUCUUUCGCCCUUUGUAUCUUGUUGUAUUUAUACAAUUCGCAGGCGCAUAUCAAUGUUGUCCAUAUAACAAUUGAACCUUUAACAACAACAACAACACUUCCGACAACAACCACGAUCGUACACUCUGCCGAUAAAUGUAAUGAGAUCGCCAUUUCGCCAACAACAACAACAUCAGCAACAUUGUCUGAUAUUGAAAUUGAAACUGAAAUCGAACUUGAAACGAAGAGUCUGAGCGAUUGCAUAGAAUCGAGCGAUUGCAUUGAAUCAGUCGCAGUGACGGAAUUGUCGUAUAAAACUGAAAGUGAUAAAUUAGAAACGAAAAGUGCAAUAGAAAAUUCAGUACAGAUUAUACCACAAUUUGGAAAUUUAUCGGUCAGCAGCAACAACAACCAGCAACAGAAACAAUAUGUACCAGAUUCGCCGAUCAUCCAAGAGCCGCCCACACCUACAGUCUACGGACAGUCGGCUGGGCAAGGUCCUCAUUUCCCACAGGCGGCACAGCGCCAAAACUAUGCAGCACCUACAGCCACAGUCUACCAGCAACAACAACAACAGCAGCAACAGCCCAUCUACCAGAAUCAGUACGAACUCAAUGCUGUCCCUAUGCCGCCACCAAACGCUGCAACGGCUGGCGGUGGUCGUCGCAAUGUUGCACGCGGUUUGCAAUAUCGCGACUCGGCAUACGAAUCACGCCGCCAGUCACAGGCAAUCGGUGGCGGAAACGGGCCACCCGGUAUGCUGGCAAUUGAGAACUUCCGGCUGCUCAGCGUUUUGGGACGCGGCCACUUUGGCAAGGUUAUACUGUCACAAUUGCGUAGCAAUAAUCAGUACUUUGCCAUCAAAGCGCUGAAAAAGGGCGACAUCAUAGCACGUGACGAAGUCGAAUCGUUGUUGAGCGAGAAGCGCAUUUUCGAAGUAGCCAAUGCGAUGCGUCAUCCAUUUCUGGUCAAUUUGUUUGCGUGUUUCCAGACCGAUCAACACGUUUGCUUUGUUAUGGAGUAUGCGGCUGGUGGCGAUCUGAUGAUGCACAUACAUACAGAUGUAUUUUCAGAGCCGCGCGCUGUAUUCUACGCCGCUUGCGUGGUGUUGGGUCUGCAGUAUUUGCAUGAAAACAAAAUUAUUUAUCGUGAUUUGAAGCUCGAUAAUCUACUUUUGGACACAGAUGGUUAUGUAAAAAUCGCUGAUUUCGGCUUGUGCAAGGAGGGUAUGGGCUUCGGCGAUCGAACGGGCACCUUUUGCGGGACGCCCGAAUUUUUGGCGCCCGAAGUUCUCACAGAAACAUCAUAUACGCGCGCUGUGGACUGGUGGGGUUUGGGAGUUUUGAUAUUCGAAAUGCUUGUAGGCGAGUCACCAUUCCCGGGUGACGAUGAGGAGGAAGUUUUCGACUCAAUUGUUAACGAUGAAGUGCGCUAUCCGCGAUUUUUAUCACUUGAGGCCAUUGCAAUCAUGCGUCGGUUACUGCGUAAGAAUCCAGAACGUAGAUUAGGUUCAUCAGAGCGCGAUGCUGAAGACGUCAAGAAGCAAGCGUUCUUCCGCUCUAUCAGUUGGGAUGAUUUAUUGCUGCGCAAGGUGAAACCGCCAUUUGUGCCCACCAUUAACCAUCUCGAGGAUGUGUCGAAUUUCGAUGAAGAAUUUACUUCCGAAAAACCACACCUGACGCCUCCAAAAGAACCAAGACAUUUGACUGAUGAAGAGCAAAUGUUCUUCCAAGAUUUUACGUACACAGCGGAUUGGUGUUGAUGUUAAAAGCAGCUAAGCCAAACUAUGGCAAGUAAAAAAAUCGAGCAAAAUCUUGUAAUGCCCUUGCGUUAUAUACAUACAUACAUAUACACAUACCCGUACACAAGUGGAAGACUGUUCAAAAUAAUGGUCAUUGGGACACUUAUUUACAAUUUUAAAAAUAUUCGACUUUCUUGAAAGCAAAAAUAAUGUUUUAAACUCUACUUGUUCAAAUGUUUGUCGGCCGGUGUGUUAUCAGCGCUGUUUAAUUUGAUUGUAUGCUAGUUUUUAAGUGAAAAUUAUGAAAUACAUAGAACAGUUAGUUCUGCUAGUUACACAUAUACAUACAUACAUACAAGCAUACAUACACUACGUAAUAAAAGGAGACAUAAAACACAUAUUAUUUAAGUGAAACGUGGAAAAUGAGAAAUUAUUUAUAAAUAUUUACAUAUGCAUGUACGCGAAUAUACAUAUUUACAUUAAUAAAAAUCUAGCUUGCGUCGAGUUUAUUACAAUAUUAAAAAAUGCAAAACUAUAGUUUGCUUAACGCAAAGAAGUUGAGAUGUUUCGUUUAACAGAAAAAAAAAUAAAAAAAUAAAAAUUAGUUUAGGUAGAUACGUAAAUUUUUUUGGGACGCUUGCAAACAACCUUAUAAAUACAUAGCUGACUAACCAAGCCGUGUAAAAAAAAAACAAUGUUUUUAAAAAUAUUUAAGGAAAUUAAAACAAAAUUUCUAUGCAUUUUAUCCGCAUCGUUUGUUUUAUAAAAAAAUAAUUAUUGGAGAGAUGCAUCUAUUUUAAAGAAAAGGAUACGUAUUAUGUUGAAGAAAUGUCUGCAUGCCUUUAGAAAUAGCGGAUUUAAAAUUAUUAUUAAGGAAAUGGUUAGUUUCCACAAAAUGUUUUGUGAAAAAACAAACAAACAAAAACAGAAACAGAAACGACAACAAAAAUCAACUCUAAUCCCGCAGCUUUGCUCCUGUAAUACGUUAACCAAUUGUUGCGCGUUUUAGCAGUUAUCAAAGUUACGAUAACAUCGUACUUGUAUUGAUGACAGUGAAUGCAACGCAAUAACAAAUAAAAAACAUUUUAAAAUUUCAUAAGCAGUUUUAAACACAUACAUAUGUACAUAUGCAAGCAAUAAGUAAUUACUAACCUAAAAUGAAUGAAACAAAUGCAUACGCAUAGAUAUACAUACAUAUAUUUUAAAAUGCAAAACAGAAUGAAAUGUGAAAUGAAAUUAAAGGACUUUAUACAAUUUAUUUUUGUGAAUUUUUAAUGAUGGUUAGACGAAAACUAAAAAUUAAGAAUAAAAGUUCAGGUUUUCACUUGAGAACAUUUGCUCAAAAACCAUAACACUUUUCAAAAAAAAAAA